UGGAUGGACCCAUCUCCCAUCUCUCCUCCUUUGCCCAUAAUUCUUCGUAUAAUCAUAUAUUAUGUACUAAUAUUUAAGAAAAUUGACCCCAAAUUAUUCCUUUCUCAUUCAAAUGUUGUUUUCAGUCGGUAGCGUUACUGGUUGUUCCCGUUAAGGUAACGUUGAUGUUGGCCGAAACGAAGAGAAAAAUAUUAUUUAUAUAGUUGUCUAUCCGUGAGGGGAAACAAGGACUUUCCAGGAACUUGGUUGGUGGGUUGUUCUUCAAACUCGAAGCCGAUAACAUUACUUAAUAUUGUUGUUUAUAUUAAUAACAAACCUGGAGUGGGGAAUAGGGAAAGUGAACCCAUUUGUGAGCCGAAUAGCAGCAAGGUUGAGGCCGAAAGCUAUGCCAUUGAAUAUAGUUCAUGAUAAAGAUGGAUUGCCCAGAAUUAUAUUGACUGAGCCAACUGGGUCAUCUGCUGAGGUGCUUUUGUAUGGCGGGCAGGUUGUUUCUUGGAAGAAUGAACGAAGAGAAGAACUGCUUUUUUUAAGCAGCAAGGCAUUUUGGAAACCACCUAAAGCCAUCAGGGGAGGUAUACCUGUCUGCUUUCCACAGUUUGGAAAUCUUGGUUCACUGGAGCAACAUGGAUUUGCAAGGAACAGAAUGUGGUCAAUGGAUGAUGACCCUUCUCCUUUGCCUCCAGCUAACAACCAGUCAACAGUUGAUCUGAUUUUGAAGUUCACAGAAGAGGAUCUGAAGACCUGGCCACAUGGCUUUGAGUUGCGUCUUCGUAUUUCCCUCAGUGCUGGCAAGCUGACUUUGAUCCCUCGUGUGAGAAAUGUGGACAGCAAGCCCUUUUCCUUUACAUUUGCACUGCACAAUUACUUUUCUGUAUCAGACAUCAGUGAAGUGCGUGUUGAGGGCUUGGAGACACUUGAUUACUUUGAUAAUCUGAUGAAUAGAGAAAGGUUCACAGAGCAGGCAGAUGCUAUUACCUUUGAUGGCGAGAUUGACAGAGUCUAUUUGAGCACCCCAACAAAGAUUGCCAUUAUAGACCAUGAGAAGAAGAGGACCUUUGAACUGCGGAAAGAUGGCAUGCCAGACUCAGUUGUGUGGAAUCCUUGGGACAGAAAGGCUAAAGCUCUGCCAGAUUUGGGGGGUGCGGAUUACAAAACCAUGUUAUGUGUGGAUUCUGCUGCAAUUGAAACUCCAGUCGUCUUGAAACCCUUUGAAGAGUGGAAGGGUCGUCAAGAACUCUCAACUGUGUCAUCAAGCUAUUGCAGUGGGCAGUUGGAUCCUCGGAGGGUUCUUCAUGGCUUUCACUGAGGUCAUUCAUGGAGAUUAGAUGGAAGAUUCCUGUAAUUUACAUAAGUUGUCAUAUUUGCAUACACCUGCUGGUCCAUGUAUCAUCUAUGACUUGGUAUCUAAGCCAGCUGUAUGUUGUAGCUAGCAACAUCAUUCAGAAUAUCACAGGGUUGAGCAGCAUAAAUAUUAUCAGUGUUGCCUCUUUGUGAUGGUGAGGAAUGCCCUCGUUUAUCUGUACCAAAACAUUGUUGAGUGAAUGAGCAUCCAGAAAGAGAUCUUUUAGUUCCUUCUUA